GACGAGAAAACGGGGAGGAGGAAUGAGGAGGAGGAGGAGGAGGAGAAGGAAGCGGAAUGCGUCGAAUCGACCUGUCAAGUCGCCGACAGCGCCAACCAUGCUUCCUCUCUCCUCUCUCUCUCCCUUGCGAGUGUGUACGCACACAAGUGAAGAAUAUUAA